AUGAAUCUGACAGACACCAAUAACACAGACCAGAAUGUUUCACUGGAACAGGAUAAUGGAGGCUAUACACAAUAUGCGUAUAUACAUUUUACUGUAGCAGCUGCUGUGGCAUUAGGCCUCUGCCUCAUCGGCUUGGUGGGAAACAUUAUUGUAUUUUGGUAUCUUUGCUUCAAGAUCCAGGGGAACAAAUAUACUAUAUAUAUCAUCAACCUGGCAGUGGCUGACUCCAUCUUUAUACUACUCAGUGCUAUGCUGCUGAUGAUCAAUAUCAAUACAAUGAUUGGAACAAACCCUGAUUUUCAAGGGAAGGAGUUAUUUUCUUUUUUAGUUGAAGUAUUUUAUGACAGCAUGCAGUAUUCCGGAAUGUUCCUCCUCACUGCCAUCAGCAUGGAAAGGUGCAUGUCUAUCCUGUUUCCUUUAUGGUACCAGUGUCAUCGCCCUCACAACCUGUCCACUAUUAUGUGUGCCUUCCUUUGGGUUAUUGGAUGUUUGGAAAGUCUCCUUGAGAACUUGGUGUGUACACCUGAAGCUUUCAUGAGUCAGACGUCACAGUGUACAGCAGUGCAGAUUAUGACCUUUGUUAUAUCUAUAGGUAUCUGUCUCCCAAUCAUGGUCAUUUCAAGUUUCAUCUUACUCAUCAACAUAAAAAGAAAAUUCAGCCAACAGGUUUCAACAGAGCUUUAUGUAUUCAUAAUUGCUGCCGUUAUUGUGUUUAGCAUAUCUGUAAUACCUUUCAAUUUUUUAUGGUUCCUAAUGUACUUUCAGUUGCUGUCUACAAAUGUUCAAACAGUAAGUCUAUUCUUUGCCAGUAUUUACGGCACAGUGCUUAAUGGUACCAUCAACCCCUUCAUUUACUUCUUUAGCGAAAGAAAAUGGACACAAUUAUACAAUCCCAAAACAGAAAAUAUCACAAAAACAAGCUCCUUUAAAGUAAAUGUAACAGAAGGAAAAACUGCAAAAAAAUAA